UUGUCGCGCCUGACCAUUCCCGUUGAGGACACCCCAAGUGCCAACCUCCUAGAUCGCCUCCCUGAAGGCAUCGAAUUCAUUCGGUCAGCCCUGGCAGAAAACGGCGUUUUGUUCGUUCACUGUGCUGCUGGCGUGAGCCGGAGCGCAACAAUGGUCUGUGCAUACCUGAUGGCGACAGAGGGGCUCAAAUUGGAGCAGGCUCUGAGUGCCAUCAGGCAAGCGCGGCCGAUCAUCAAUCCCAACAGCGGCUUCUUGAUACAGCUG